CCCCCACUUUUCCCAAGUUCCAAACAAACAGAGCAGGAGCAGUUUCAAAUCCUUGAAGCGUGUUCGCUAGAUCUGCUUCUACUUUGAUCAAACAACGUCAAUUUCGAAUCAGUCCAGUCGGUUGGUAGUGGUGAAUCCCCUCUCUCUCUCUCUCUCUCUCUCUCUCUCUCUCUCUCUCUCUUCUCCUCCUCCUCCUCCUCCUCCUCCUCCUCCCAAAUAUAACUUUACGUUCAUCGUGGAUUUCCACUAUGGCAGCUGUUGCUUUGAUUUCCAGCUCUAGAAUGGCUUGCAAAUACCCAACAAAAGGUACCUCUCUUCAUCUUUCACUCAACUUUCACCCAUUGCUGGCUCAUAUAGCGUUGUUUCACUCCCAAAUUCCAACAAACCCUUUUGCUCCUGAUUCCCUUGCAAAAAUGGGUCCGACUCAGAUACAGAAAUUGGUAUUCGAAAAACACAAAUUGGGUUUCGAUAAGCUCGACCAUGCUCUUGAUUUGUUCCAUCGAAUGGUCGAAAUUCGAUCUCGUCUUUCGGUUGUCAAUUUUAAUCUGCUGUUAAAUGCUAUUACCAGAAUGAAGCAAUAUUCAACGGUAAUCUCUUUAUUCAGAGAAAUACGGGAGCUGGGAAUUCCAAUAAAUGAGCAUACGCGGAAUAUUUUGAUCAAUUGUUUUUGCCGCACGAAUCGAGUAGAUCUUGGAUUUGCUAUCUUAGGUAUCUUCUUCAAAUAUGGUUACAAAGCGAAUGUGGUUUCCUUCAACACUCUAAUAAAUGGGUAUAUUUUACAAGAUAACACUGCUGAUGCUGUGAAAUUGUUCCUCAGGUCGAUGAAAGACGGAGACAUUAUACCAAAUGAGAUUACGUACGGGACCAUCAUAAACGGCCUUUGUAAACUUGGAAACACUACAAUGGCUGUACAGUUGGUCCGGAGUAUGCAAAAAUGGAACUUUAAGCCUAAUGUUGUGAUUUAUAGCGCUAUCAUUGACAACCUUUGUAAGGACGGAAACAUAGAUGAUGCUUUCAGCCUCUUGUCAGAGAUGAGAGAAUGGGAUGUAAUGCCAAACGUGGUUUCCUAUACCUCUUUAGUUGAUGGCUUGUGCAAAUUGGGUCGAUGGUUGGACGCCACAAGAAUGUUGCAAGACAUGAUAGAGCAAAACAUUAUUCCAAAUGUUUUAACCUUUAAUACAUUGGUGGAUGCACUUUGCAAGGAAGGAAAGACUAAAGAGGCAGAGCGUAUACUCGCGAUCAUGAUUCGAAGAGGUGAGGAACCCGAUGUAGUGACUUUCAAUGCUCUUAUGGACGGAUAUUGUUUGCAAGGACACGUGGACAAAGCAAAAGAAGUGUUCAACUCCCUGGUGGGUAAGGGCCUUGAGCCCAACGUACGCAGCUAUAAUAUUUUGGUGAAUGGAUACUACAAGAAGAGGAAUUUAGACGAAGCCAUGCAUCUCUUUCGAGAAAUGGCUUGUAAAGGGUUAAAACCUAAUGUCGUCACUUACACCACUUUGUUGAAGGGGCUGUUUACAUUAGGAAGGUGUGAUACCGCAGAUAGUUUGUUUCACGAGAUGAUACGUAAAGGUCAAAAUCCUGACAUUUUAACUUACUCGGUUUUGUUAGACGGCUUCUUUAAGAACCAUGAAAUCGUUAAGGCAGUAGAGGUGUUUCAUUCAAUGCAAGAUCAUGGCAUAACUCCUGAUAUUGUUAUCUACGGUAUCCUCAUAAAUGGCAUGUGCAAAGCUGGGAAAAUUGAAUAUGCUCGGGAGAUUUUUAGUUCGAUUUCAGCUAAAGGUUUGAGACCCACUGUUAAGACUUACAACACAAUGAUUUGUGGACUUUGUAAGGAGACCCUAGUGGAUGAAGCUGAGCAGUUACUCUUGCAAAUGGAGGGAGAUGGGUGCCCACCAAAUGAUUUGACUUACAAUGUCAUUGUUCGUGCAUUCCUGCAGAGGAGAGACAAUCGCAAGGUUAAGAUGCUUCUACAAGAAAUGAUCAAUAGGAAUUUAUCAGCAGAUGCAUUUACUAUGUCCACAUUAAUGGAUUUACACUCCAAUGGUGGUGGGGAUUUUGAUUAUUUCACGAUGAUCCAGAAUCUUGUGUCAAGGGAUAGAAAAACCAUGUCCUAGAUUGUAAGGGGAGUACUUGAUGUUAUCAAAAGCUGAAUCCUCGUGUAUGUGGCUUGCAAGGAUUGACAAUGUUCUAUGUUCUAUUGCAAAGUUUUGCCUUGAAACACAUGGAUUCAGUAGUUGUAGGUUUUUCUUCCCUGCUUUCACCAUAUAAUCAGAACCACAGAAGGUACUUCUAUUGCAAAGUUUAGCUUUCUAAGAUGUAAAACUCUUCCUGUUUCCCUAUAGACCAUAUGGUUCGCAUAGCAUAAUCAAUUGCACUUGUGGAGUUCAAA